UCGACUGCACACCUACAUAGUUUCAAUAGCAAUCGUUUUUGAAGUUCAGUAAGCAGAAGUCUCUCGCCCGCGUCGUGUCGUCGCCGCCGCCGUGUUCAGUGCUAAAAAAGCAAACAAAAAUAAAAGACAAACAAUAAAAAAAAGAUCAGAGUACGAAAUGAGUAAAGCUGGACCACCACCACCAGGUUUUGCUCCUCCUCCAUCCUACACUGACGUAAAUAUGCCUCCACCACUGCAACCAAAUGUUGUCAUUAUGGGAGCUCCUCCAGUAUUUGGACCCAAUUCACAGCCGAUGACUUGUCCCCAUUGUCACGCCAAUAUUUCCACACGUGUUGAAUCGGAAUCUUCAACAAAAACCCAUCUGUUCGCUCUAUUGCUGUGCAUUAUUGGCUGCUGGCCAUGCGCUCCUUGUCCAUAUUGCAUGGAAUCGUGCUUAAAUCAAAAACAUUUUUGCCCGUCAUGCAAUGCGUACCUCGGACAACAUGAGAAUUAGUAACAGUAUACGAAGCCGGACAACAUCGCAAGUUCAUUCCACUGUUGUUACUAUAUAUCAGGAUGCAGUUCGGAUGACCCGGAAAAAAAAGGGGGAAAAAAUAUGUGUCUACUUUAUAAAGCUCAAGUUUGCAACUCUUAAAGAUAAUCAAAUUUCUAUUUCAGAGACUAGAAAUUAAAAUUAUUAAGCGAAAUAACUUAAUCAACUAAAUGAAUAUUUUUCUAUUUAUUAUUUGAUAUAAUAGUCAAAUAAUAAUUUAGUAAAUUUGCAAAAAAAGAAAAUAUUUCAAU